AUGCCGCAGCAUCACCCGACACCUGGUGAGCUGCAGCCGACCCCGGACCAUGAGCUGAUAACCUGCCACACCACCUACAAGAAGGCACCCAAGUGGUCCUUCCCGGGGAGGUUGUCAGGAGUUAAGCCAUCAGGCACCGAGGUCGGUCAUUAUUCCUCCGACGACCCACAUCGUGACAUCAAUGGCCGCUACAAACGUGACCAGCAUGCUGCGCUUCACCGCUCCAUCUUGGGGCUUCGGAUCCAGUUCCAAGGAGGCGGAGCCAAGCCUUGUGGCGUCUUGCAGCGCAGGCGCAUCACUGGGCAUGUGCUUCAGCUCCAGCUGCAACAAUAUUGGCUUCGGUGGCUUGUGAGGAAUUCCAGGAAGACCUCCAAGGAUGAGGACAAGACUGAGUCAGCUUCGGCAGAAGAUGCAGCAAGAGUCAUCCAAAGUUGCUGGAGAAAGGCCGCAGGUUCCACAAGAAAGCCAGACGACGGCCCAAGUCCGAAAGCAUCUCGGGACUCGGACAGGCCGUUUUACACCCACACCCUGGGUCUUACAUAUGUAUCAUCGACGCAGAGGAGGAUGGAGGAGGAGGGUAAAACAACUGCAGAGAAGAUCUUCGUGACGCUGAGUGAUCCUGGUAGCUCUUCCGCUGCCCAGAUCGUGUCAAUUGUGAUCGUCGCUUUCACUGUGGCUUCCAUUUGCGGCUUCGUGCUGGAAACGGACCGGCUCUUCUACGAGAUGAAUCCGGAGUUGUGGCCGCUUGUAGAGGUGAUAUGCACGGUCGUCUUCACAGUGGAGUAUCUAACGCUGGCAUUGACCUGCCGCUUUGCGGGUGUUCCGGUAGUGAGCUUCAUCCUGGCACCUAGCAGCGUUGCAGAUCUCGUGGCUCUACUCCCUUUCUAUGUAGAGGUCGUUCUGCGAAAUGCUGGGUUCACCAAUACCGCCGUGCUUAAGUCCUUCAAGGUGGUCCGACUAAUUCGAGUUCUUCGUGUUUUCAAACUAGGCCGCUACGCCGCCGGCUUGCAGAUAAUGUGGAAGGCCGUGGUGGACUCAAGACAGGCGAUCUCUGUCUUGUUUUUUCUCUUAGGAAUUGGCGUCGUGAUGUUUUCCAGCACUAUUUUCUAUUUGGAGAGGCUCAGCUGUCCUCUUCGCGAUGAGUUUAAUGCUACGGAGCUGACCGUGUACCUAGCAGAGUGCAAUGACACUUACAAUCGCGGUGUAUCCCCCUCUCAUGGCCUGUGCUGCUCAGAGGACAAUUCGCCCUUGGAUUUCCCCAGCAUCGUCAAUGCAUGUUGGUGGGCGGUUGUCACGUUGACCUCGCUAGGCUACGGUGACCUGUAUCCGAAGACGGUCCAGGGCAAAUGCGUAGGAAUGAUGGCAAUGAUAGCAGGGUUGCUGCUCAUCGCACUCCCCAUUGCCAUCAUCAGCCAGAAAUUCCAGGACAUUUAUGAGGCCAACGACAAGGAAGAUGCAAAGAACCGUGCGGCGCAGAGGAUGAAGGGCGCCCCACAUGAGACCUGGACGCUGAUCCCUGGGUCUGAUGUAGUGCGAAGACUGAAGGCCCUGCCCGUCAAG